AUGUGGCUGCAAGCCAGAGAUGGUUUUAAUGGUUUUGUGAUAUGGAAAAGAGUAACGUUUGAUGCUUGCCAACUAAAAGUAUAUAUGUUUGAAGAUGACAUUCGUUCUCCAGUGUUUAUAGACUUAAAAAGCUACAUAUUGGACAUCAUGAGUUUGUCCUGUCCAGUCAGCUGCACUGUCACGGAAGCUAAAUGCUUACGUAAUGCCAAGAGUGAGUCACAGUUACUACAAAAUAGUAAUGAAUCAGAAUUGGACACGGCUGAAGACCUGAGAAGGAAACUCUGUCAAGCUAAGAAAGAAAAAUUAGAGUUAACCAUUAAACACAAUCAAGAAUUGUGUAGCUAUGAAAGCCAGAUAGUAAAAUUACGGUCGGAAAUCGAGAAAGGAGAGGCUGUUCGACAAAGUCUGGAGUAUGAAUUGGCAAUUGCCAGAAGAGAGGCUCCCCCGAAAAUGUAUGCUGCAGAAGAGGAGUUAAGUGAUGCAAAAAACAAACUUGUGGAACUGCAAGUAUCGAAUGAAAAGCUUCAGCAGAAGGUGGCAGAGACUGAGAAAACCUUUCAUAUUGCUCAGCAGAAGUGGAAAGAACAACAGCAAAGACUUGCAAGUGAAAAGGAUGAUAUCCGCAGAACUUGCAACAAUGAAUAUGAAUUGCUUCUUACGGAAAGAACCAAACUAGAAAGCGUUUUGCAGGAGCAGAAUAAUGCACUGCAAAAUAUAUGCAAGAAAAUGAAAGAUGUAGAGGUGGAACACAGUGGCUGUACUGAGCUGCUGAGGCGCCAGGCCAAUGAGCUUGAAUACAGUGCUGAACGAGAGGAGCGACUUAAAAAAGAACUUGAAGCAGCUACAGUGAGAAUAAAGAAACUGGAAGAAAACAUUGAAGCAGAGAGAGCAGCACAUUUGGAAUCCAAAUUCAAUUCAGAGAUCAUCCAGUUAAGAAUUCGAGACCUUGAAGGAGCUUUGCAGGUGGAAAAAGCCAGCCAAGCAGAAGCUCUUUCGGAUUUAGAAAUGAUCAAGAAAGAGUUCAAAGAGGUAGAAAAUGCAUAUGAGAGAGAAAAACACAGUGCUCAAGAGAACUUGGAAAAACUCAAUGUAUUAGAAAGAGAGUGUUUCUCCACAAACAAGCAAAUGAAUGAGAAGAUUGAGGAGAAGAAGAAGGUAAUUAAAGACCUCUCUGAGAGACUACAGAAUAAUGAAAAAACCUGCAGAGAAUUACAGGGGGAACUUGCAAUGGCCAAGAAACACCAGGUCUUUCUAACAGAGACGUAUGAAAACAACAUGAGAGAGCUGGAGUUACUCUUGGACAGCUUUGCUAUGUCAGGCCAGCGGACAGCAGGCACUUGUAAGGACAAAGAUAAACCUCCGAGCCUCUCUGUCCUUGAGACUUUGAGGUCUACCUUGACAGCUUACCAGAACAAGCUGGAAGAUAUGUCUAAUGAGCUUGGGAAAAUGAAGGCUUUGUGUGAAAAGAUGACAAAAGAACUUGAGAUAUCCAAAGGGAAAAUCUGUGCUUUAAGUCAAGACCUUAAGGAAGCUCAGGAUAACCUGGCUGAUGCCAAUAAAGAGUUAAAUCACCUGCACACUAAGUGUGCAGACAGAGAGACUUUAAUAGGAGCUUUAAAAAUGGAACUACAGGAUGUGCGGCAAUGCUGGGAGAAGGAGAAAGUACGUGCCACAGAAUCUGAAAAUGAAAUCCAGAAGCUUACCAGGGCUUACCAGAAGGAUAUGGAGGAGAAGCUAACCUUCCUCCAUAGCUUAUACCAGCGUUUGGUAGCAGGCUGUGUGCUUAUAAAACAACCAGAAGGCAUCCUAGAUAGAUUCUCUUGGUCUGAGCUUUGUGCAGUCUUGCAGGAGAAUGUUGAUGCCCUGAUCUUAGACCUCAACAGGGCUAAUGAGAAGAUAUCUCACCUCGAGUAUGUUUGUAAGAAUAAGUCUGAUACUAUGAAGGAGCUUCAGCAGAGCCAGGAAGAUGCUUUUAGCAAAAUGGCUGAACAGAUGAAAGCACAGGAAAACUGUUGGCAGAAACAAAAAAAAUAUAUGGAACAGCAGUACUCAGGUCUCCUUGGGGAAGUUCAUGCAAGGGCACAGGAAUACCAAGAAACAGCAGAGAAAAACAAGGAAAAAAUUUAUGUCCUUGAAAAAAGACGGGAGAAAUUGGCCCUUGAAAAUGUUUCUGUGAAAAAUACAUUAACACAGGUUCAGAAGGAGCAUUCAUGUCUCCUGGCAGCCUGUGCACUAGGCAGGGGGCCCGUGUUGGCAGGUGCCCUGUAUCCUCUCUAUGGCCGGUCGUGUGCUAUGUCUUCCCAAAGAGACCUUCUCCAGGAUCAGGUCAACAUUUAUGAAUUAGUGAACCAGGAGAUUAGGACCCUAGUUCAUGCUCUCUUUGAUGUAGAGGAAAACAAUCAAGAUGAAGCAAAACUGAAGAAAAGAAAAUUCAGGGGCCUGAUUCUUGUAUUCCGAAGAGGUGUGAUUGCAGUUUUGGCAGCUAACAGACUUAAAGUUUUAGCCCGGUCUUCUAGUUCCCUCUUCUCCUGGGUAAAUGGCUUCAAAGAAGGCAUUGGAAUUCUAGUUUGUAUAGGAGACUCCAAAGGCAAGCGUAAUCUGUCAAGUCACGAAGAGGAACAAAUUCACUAUGUUGAAGCACUCAGCUGGUUUACUAGUUCUAACCUCCUUGCUGCAAUAAUCAGUUCUGUCACUGAAUUACAGGAUGUUGUUAACAAAACAGAUCCAAAGCCCUGGCUUUCUGGACACUUACUUCUAAGUGCAGCCAGGAACUCCUUUUCAAAACUUAUGGACAAUCUGAAUGUAAUAAUGGAGACUGUUCCUCUGGACAGCAGCAGGAGCAUUACUUAUCUGGAGAAAGACUCCUUGGUACAGAGGCUGGCUCAUGGGCUUCAUAAAAUAAAUACCCAGGCCCUGGAAGCUGGAUUGUGUGACAGACUACCCAUUACGAAAAGCAUAGCAUCCUUGCAGAAGCAAAUAUUUGAAUUUACACAAAGACUUCAUACAGCAGAGGUGGAACGCCGCUCACUGCGCCUAAAACUUGCAGAAUUCAGAUGGAAUUUCAGUGAGAUGAAAAAAGAAGCUGACAAAGCUCAGAGCCUGCAGGAGCAAUUAAAUAUGUUUAAGCAAUCUAAAUUGAUCACCCAUGAGAGGUUUGAAAGUGCAUGUGAAGAAUUGAAUAAUGCAUUACAUCGGGAGCAUCAGGCACAAGUGCUUUUGAAUGAACAGGCACAACAGCUACAAGAGUUAAAUAAUAAACUAGAAUUGCACUCCAGUGAAGAAGCAGAUAAAACCCAAGUCUUAAGUGAAACUGUAAAGAGACUCUCCGAGGCAAAGAUGGAGCUGAGAAGAAAAGAUCAAUCUCUGCGUCAGCUCAAUAGACUUCUUACCCAGCUGGAGCAGGACAAGCGUCGACUGAAAGAGAGCAUCCAUGAUGCAGAGAGUGCCCUCUGCAUGGCAGCGAAAGACAAAGAAUUGAUUAUUAGUCAUAUGAAAUCUGUGGAAGCCACUCUUCAUAAGGUCAGAGAUCAGACCUUGCUGUCACGGACUGCGGCAACCAGGAAUGACUUCACCCUGCAGCUACCCAAACUGCACCUAGAGACCUUUGCAGUGGAAGGGCUGAAGGGCAGGCCAGAGGUUGUAGCAUUUCAGGCCAUGAUUAAAAGUUUUAUGGAUGUCUACCAACUUGCAAGUUCCAGAAUUGACAUGUUAGUGAGAGAAACAGCAUCUCAUCAGCUUCACACUGCAGACUUAAAGUCCAAUCUCCAAACAGCUUGUCUUCGUGAAAGUGAGAGCUUGCAGUUGACAUUAUUGCUGCAAAUGAUAUCUCUGCUCAAUAUGGAUUUGUUCCUCAAAAAACUGUUUAGAUAUUUGGAUAAACAUCUUCUGAACAAGUUCUUCUAUUAUUACUAUGACGAUUUUUUGAAGCAAUCCAGCGAUAAUGCAACAGACAGACAACACAAUGAGUAA